AUGUACAGUACAAAUUAUCACUUUUCUCAACAUUCACCGUCAAAUUAUUCAACAAAAUUAAAUCCAUUACCAAGUAUAAGUCUACAACAGAAUACAUCUUCACAAUACUUUAAUAAAUCUACAUCAAAUGAUAAUUCAUUAAAAUCCAAUAACAAUCUUACUGAUUAUUCACUGAAUAUUCACAAUACUAUUCAUUAUAAAAAUAGUAGUAUAGAUGAUAAUAAUAAUAAUAAUGAGACAAUGUCACAAAUAUUGCCUUUUCAUGAUAAACAAUUAUUAACCAAUAAAAAUAAUAAUUGUAUUAGUAAUAAUAAUAAUAAAUCAGCUUAUUUGCCUGGAAAUAACUGUAAUCCAACAACCAAUACAUUAUUGCAACAAACUAUGACUACAUCAACACUACAAAAUUCGAAAGGACAUAAUGAUUGUAAAUCGAAUUAUUACACUGGAUUAAAUCAUCAAAAUCAUAAGAUUGAUAGUGAAAAGGCAUAUUUUCGGUGUAAAUUACUUACUGUGUGCAAUUUUCUAACAACUUUACUACUUAUUGGUUUUGGAAUUGGAUUGUAUUUACGCUAUCGUGAAUGUGAUGCCCGACUUGCAUUUAUUGAACAGUUAAUUGGAAAUUCAGAGUAUAUGGAAGAAAAAACGUUGUCAUUAUCAUCAUCAUCAUCACCAUUGCAGGUGGCUACAGAUGAACGAAGUGAUGUAACUGCUAACAAGGGUGUUUAUUCUACACAGAAACCUACAUUACUUACCUUUGAGAAGAAUAAUAAAAUAUGGCCUUCUUUAAAUAUUGAUAUGUUUCAAAAAGUUUGUCGUGGUUUAUCAAUCGAUUGUAAUGAGAUGAAAUUCUACGAAGGUAAACCAGGACCUCCAGGACCUCCAGGAGAACCAGGAAAAGUAGGACCUCCAGGACCACAGGGACCAAUGGGACCUCCUGGUCCACCAGGUCAACCAGGUUCACCAGGUGCUAGGGGCCCUCCAGGAGAAACUGGACCUCAAGGACCUCCUGGACUACGUGGGUUAAUUGGUCUACAAGGCCCAAAAGGCCCACCUGGACCUCCUGGAAAAGAUGCCACAUCAAAUUCAUGCAACGUGAUGUGCGAAAAAGAAAGUUUUAGAUACAGCAAAGGACAAUCAGUGUGUGAAGUAAGGUAUUUAUCUACUACUAUAGGUACCAUUAAAAUUGGAUACAUUGAAGAUGAUCCUAUCGACUGCAUACUUCAAGGAUAUUCGAUAGAAUUAUUUCCACACAGAGGCUAA